GAAGAGAAACUGUUUGUCCGUUGACUGGAGUAGUAGUACAAAUCGAGGCACGCCGGCAGUGCGUUAAUAUAACCGUAAAAAAAGAGAGGAGUCUCCUCCUAACCCUCGUACGAGUAUACAUACGCACACACACACAGUCGGAUACGGUGCGCGUCGCCUCUUACCGCCGAAGUUACUGCCGCAUUUUUCCGUUUCCAUGAUUCGAUAAAGAAAAAAGAAAAAACACGUUUUACAACCGAACGCGUAACAAGGAAUCACAAAGUGUAUUUUCGUGCUACGAUAUCACCGGAAAUCGUAGCGAUAGGGACGUUUGUAAGGGACUUGUCAGUUAAAAUCUUCACAGUGCCUUUAACCUCUGCUUCUUUUUUGAUUUUGUUUCUUUUACGUUUACGUUCAGCUGCGAGCCGCAAACUUUUUUGUAAUAAACAAAAGACAUCAAAUAAUUGACAAAAUGUCGACUAAAUCGAGUAAAAAGACCGCGGCGACGUCGUCUUCGUCGAGCGCUGCGGCACAAUCACCCGAACCUAGCAUAUCAACGCCAAUUGGACGUCGUCCCGGUAGUCCUUUAAGCCCAACGCGUUAUUCAAGACUUCAGGAAAAACAAGAUCUCGCUAAUUUGAACGAUCGUCUCGCCUGUUACAUCGACAAGGUUCGUCAUUUGGAAACCGAAAAUUUACGCUUAACCCGCGAGGUACAAACUUCACAAGAAAUCGUCACUCGUGAAGUUUCAAAUAUCAAGUCUAUGUAUGAGCACGAGUUGUCCGACGCGAGAAAAUUACUCGACGAUACCGCGAGAGAACGGGCUAAACUAGAGAUUGACACUAAACGAUUGUGGGACGACAACGAGGAUCUUAAAACAAAAUUGGAGAAAAAGAUCAAAGACCAUCAAAUUGCGGAGAGAAAUUUGAGCGUGUUCGAAGCCCGCUGUGGAGAUCUUCAAUCUCAGUAUAAUCAGUCUCAAGCGGAGAGGAAAAAACUCACGGAAAGAGAGCGAGAGUUGGAGAAAGAAGUUGAGAGAUUGAAGGGACUCUUGGUCGAUGCACGCAAACAUCUCGAGGAGGAAACCCUCCAACGUAUCGAUCUCGAAAAUAAUAUUCAGAGUCUCAAGGAAGACAUUAGUUUCAAGGAUCAAGUUUAUCAGCAAGAACUUUCUGAAACUCGCACAAGACGUCAGGUCGAAAUAUCAGAGAUCGAUGGUCGUCUCGCUGAACAGUACGAGGCAAAACUCCAGCAGUCUCUGCAAGAUUUGCGGGAUCAGUAUGAGGCUCAGAUGCGAUCAAACCGUGAAGAGAUUGAGAUGCUCUACGAGAACAAAAUCAAAAACUUGACAUCGCACGCCCAGCGUAACAGCGGCGCAGCCAGUCUUGCCGUCGAAGAACUUCGUCAGACGAGAAGUAGAAUCGAUGAGUUGAAUCAGCGUAUCAGUGAGCUUGAGGCUAGCAACAACGCUCGUAUCAGAGAAUUGGAAAGUUUGCGAGAAGGCGAGAGAGCUCGUUAUGCUGAAGGCUUAGCUUCGAUGGAGGCUGAAUUGGCUCGUAUGCGCGACGAAAUGGCACAGCAACUGCAAGAAUAUCAGGAUCUCAUGGACAUCAAAGUUGCUCUCGAUCUCGAAAUCGCUGCGUACAGAAAGCUUCUCGAGUCUGAAGAGGCGAGAUUGAACAUCACUCCGAUGCAGUCGCCUACCUCAACCAUGUCAUCCAUGACGACCCGAAGCACGCCGUCGCGCCACACGCCGAUUCGAGGUGGAAAACGCAAGCGAACUCUUCUCGAGGAGAGCGAAGAACGUAGCACAUGUGAUUAUUCGGUUACAGGAACAGCGAGGGGCGACAUUGAGAUAAAUGAAGUCGAUGCCCAGGGACGUUACGUCAAAUUGACCAACAAGGGAAAUAAGGAAAUCGUGCUCAGCGGUUGGCAAAUAAUUCGUAAAGCCGGAGCCCUCGAGACCGUAUUUAAGUUCCACAGAACAGUGAAAAUCGAUGCCGGAGCAAACAUUAUGGUUUGGUCAGCAGAUAUAGGUGCGCAUCAUGAACCGCCAUCGAAUAUCGUUAUGAAAGGACAAAAAUGGUUCAUUGCUGACAACAUGACGACCAUUCUUCUCAACAACGAGGGAGAGGAAAUGGCAACUUCGGAACGAAAGAGACAGCAGCUCUCGACGACGAUGUCCCGACACAGAGAAAAUUUGAGAGCAUCCGAGGAAUUGCACCAUCAGCAGAGAACAUAUCUCUACCCAUAUUAAGAGGGCGCACGGCUCUGAUGGGCAAGACAAUGGUGAUCCUCAGGGCGAGGAACGCUGUCGUAUUAUGUGAGAGAAAGAGAGGGAGAGCCCAUAAAUAAUAAGAUUUAAAGUACGAGAAAAAUGAGUGGAAGAGAAACAAAAAGGAGAAAAGCUUAUGCUACAAAGAGAGAGUUUUAAAUAAGCUUACUAGAAAUAUCGGCGUUUUAAGCUGCAAGAGUCUGAAUUGAACUCGCAUACAUUAAUAUUAUUAUUAUUAUUAUUAUUAUUAUUCAUCACAACGUGGGAUUUUUUGGUGGAUCGCUCAUAAACAGCCUUCCGCAAAGAGUGUUCGGUAUCCGUAUGAAAUACAGCAAACAAAAGAAACGAGGUUUAUUAUGAUCAGAGUGAAAUCGUUAGUCUCAAUUGUAGAGUGAAAACAAAACUGUUUUCAUGACGGAUUACCGUGCAAAAUGAGGCCUCUUCCCAGAGGAUUGGAGUGAAAAACAUUAAUAAAUAUGCACCUUUCCAAUGAGACUUUUCCAUGUGAAUUAACAAUAAGGAAAUUAACGAUUGAUUUAAAUAAAAUAUUGGAAAAAUAGAAAACUGUAUACGCGACAUCGUGGUGGUAUAUUAAAGCAAGACGGAUCGUCAAAAAGACGACGAUAUAAUUGAUACUAUCCAUCGGAAAACAGAUCUUCAUAAACUUUUCCUCAUUCUUCUCAUUUUUUUCGUUUUCUUUCAAGCUACGUUUAAUAAAUAUAUAUAUUUAUAUCUUGGCUUUUCCUUUUCGCCAAAUGGAUGAAGUGCUGUUGAGCGAAACUAAUUUCUUCCGUGACAUUGUGUUUACCAUCAAUUCUUCAUCAGUGGUAAAAAACGUGAAGUGUCUAAUUUAUGAUAUAAGAGAUAGGGGAAAAAUCAAAAAUCGGAAAAAAAACAAAUAUAUAUAUAUAUAGAUAUAUAUUCACGAGAGAGUGCAUUUAUCCUGAUUGUGCCAUAGACUUUUGGCACGGUGUAAUGGACAUCUAAACACAAUCCUUUUUUUUUAAUAUUGUAAACAUCCUCGUAGCAUUUCUAGUGAAAAUAAAAAUGAUCAAUUACAACUAAAA